AUGUCCGAUCACUCGAGGCAGCGCGAGGGCAGUCCGCCCUACCGCAGAUAUCAUCAGGACAAUGACAAUGGCAACGACAACGACAACGACAACGGCAAGGAUAACGCUCGCAGAUCAUCACCGCGUGAUAAAUGCGACAGGGAUGAUUUGAACCACUGGAGGCAUCAACAAAGUCAUCAUUACGACCAUCGCACUUCUCACCAUGACCAGUACCAGAACUAUCGCGACGACUACCGAACUCGCCAGGGUAAAGACCUGAUCCGAACAAUGCCCUGGGGGAGGAAGAACACGGAAAACACGGGAACACGGGAAAUAGACCUACCAUAG